CAAAGUGUGAACGAUUAAUCGACAGAAGCAGAAGAAAGCAGAAAGCAACAGCGUAGGUUGUGAUGUAUUCACGAGUAGCAGCAGAUGUAAGAAGAAGAUCGAACCGAGUCUUCUCUUUAACAUGUCUGAAACAAGGAUUUGCCACUCGCACCCAUACCGCAGACCCUGAUAUCCAUUCAGGACAACAAAAACCCGGCUAUACUAAUUACAGAGAUUCGCCCCAAGGUACAAGUAGAGGUGAUAGUGACACAAAUACCAAGUUUGCUGACACAGAUAAAAUACCAAAUAGUGAAGAAGAAGGAAUUUUCGAGUCUCCAAAAUCUCCAUGUGAAUCAUCCCCUAAACUAAAGAACGCAGGAGUGAACCAGCGAUUGGAUCCAAACAUUCAGCAAAAGCGUAAGCAAGGGACAAAAGCUUUAGAAGAUGUGAGUUGUGCUGGUCUAGAUGGAACUCCAUGGCCAGAGGAGGAGAGAAUCAAAGAAGAAGAUCUGCGAGGGGAUAAUCAAGAUUACUAUAGACAUCGUAAAGCGUCUCCAUUGUCCGAGUUGGAGUUUGCAGAUACAAGAAAGCCUGUGUCACGUGUGAUGCACGGGACUGCGGAUUCUGGAAGAGGUGGUGAUGUGAUUGGCUGGUUGCCGGAACAGCUUGAAACGGCGGAGGAGACUCUCUUGAGAGCAGCUGAGAUGUGGAGGCAGCAGGCUAUGCGUGGUGACCCUGAUGCACCUCAUUCAAGGGUUCUUAGAGCUCUUCGUGGCGAAGACUUUUGAAUAUUGAGACAAAUGUACAAGUCUCAUCAAUAAUAGAAAUUAUUAUAAAAAUAAAUUAACUUUGUACAUCUUUAGAAACUAGAUUAAUUUAGGAUAACUCACAAGUGACACAUUGCAUGAAUAAUUGUUAGCACGAAGGCAAAGAAAAGCAUAUAUACUUGAUUCUUUGCUAUCUAUUUUACUAAAACUUAUACAACAAGCAACCCAAACAUGCAUUUCUACUA